GUGUAAUGCUCCGGGGGUGGGACUUGGCUGGGUUUGCCCAGGAUACCGGAGAUCCUGGUGCACAGCCCCGGGACCGGGCGGAGGCGGCUGCACAAACGGGGACCAAGGUGCGGGGAACAGGACACCCCGAGGAGCUGGGGAAAGGUGGGGGGGGCGGCGGGCCAUCCCUGCUGCGUCAGGGCACGGAGCCGGCGGAAGGUGCCACUGUCCCUCGCCAGGAUCUGGUGGGAGCAGCACCCACAGCACCAGGCUCGGGAGGGUCCCCAGGCACCCUGCCACAGGGGGUGGUCGGUGGCCCCCGCUCACCCUUAAGCUCAGGUGAUGGAGCCAGAAGCACCGGAUGCCGGAAUCUUCCCGGAUAACAUCUUCCCUGAUCCCCCCUUCUCCGGCUCGGAGCCGGCCUUCGAGGGCUGGAUGCUCCCCGAGGAUGGUGGGAGCAAAGCCGAGGAGCUGCUGCAGCCGACAGUGAACCCCAACGCCGUCUGCGGCCUGAGCAGCUGCCUCACCUCUCCGGGCAGCUGCAGCUCCCAGGAUGCCAACCCGGAGCCCUCCCAGCCUGCCGAGCCCCCCACUGCCACCCUCUACGAGGUGGUCUGUGACCUCAGCACCCCCCAGCAUGGCAGCGUCAUCUCUAUCCAGCUGGAUGACUGGCUGUACCCCACGCUGCUCCCCAGCUCCUGCAUCAUCAACAACCUGCCUGCUGUGUCCCUGCCCACUUCCCUGCCCGCACCCAGCCCCCAGCUGAGCCUGACAGAGGAGGAGAAGCGGCUGCUGGCGCAGGAGGGGGUGACGCUGCCCAGCACCCUGCCCCUCACCCAGGCUGAGGAGCAGAUCCUAAAGAAGGUGAGGAGAAAGAUCCGGAACAAGCAGUCGGCCCAGGACAGCCGGCGGAGGAAGAAGGAGUACCUGGAUGGGCUGGAGAGCAGGGCAGCUGCGUGCUCAGCCCAGAACCAGGAGCUGCGGAAGAAAGUCCAGGAGCUGGAGAAGCACAACGGGUCCCUGCUGCGGCAGCUACAGGCGCUGAUCAAGCAAACAUCCAACAAGGCUGCUCAGACCAGCACCUGCGUCCUGAUCCUGCUCCUCUGCCUGGGACUUAUCCUCUUCCCCAGCUACAGCCCCUUCUGCCGGGGCCCGGGGGGCAACCAAGAUGGUGACAGGCCCACCAGAGUGAUUUCCAGGAACAUCCUGACCCAGGGGGGAGCCACUGGGACUGGCCAGAGAAGCCCCAUUCCCUGUGCCGGGGUGGCUGAGGGUGGAAGAGCCAGGACCUGCAGCUGCAGAGGAAGAUGGAGCUGAGGGGGGGGGGCACGGGGACAGGACGCCCCCCCCCCCCCCCCCAGCAGGGAGCGAAGCACCACCUCCUCAAGCCAGGCCCCCCCUGGGGAUGCACAGACAGCAAAACAGGGACAUGGGGACGAAAUGUGACAGGCAGUGGAGAACAGCCCCAGCUUUGGGGCCCUGGGAGCCACCCUGGGGUGGGAGCAGCAGUGGGGGGGGACAUCCAGCCCAGCCUGGAUGUGGGGGUGUGCCCCCCACCCCCGGCAGCUCUGUGCACCACUGAAUAAACCCGUGCCCGGUUUGCACCCCAACGUGUGUCCGAGGGUUGGCACUGAGCCCGUAGUGGGGCCAUGAGGGAUGGAACCACCCC